AUGACCAGGUCAUGGAGGAAUAUGACUAGUGGUUUAGAAGAUUGCACUUCAUUACAAACCAGUCCACAAAACUGCAGGACCUAUGAACACCGGAGGGCUAUUGUGAAGUCUUUUUGUGACCAAAAAAAUCUUACCAAGUCUUUCUUUGUUUUGAACAAAACAGUCGCCGCUCAGUUGUAUGUGGAACACAAAUACAAAUUUAUAUAUUGUGAGGUGCCAAAAGUGGGCUGUUCCAACUGGAAGAGAAUUAUUCUUCUAUUGAAUGAAUCUCUUGGAUUUACAAUAGAUUCGCUCAGACAUUACAACAUUCAUUCUACUCAUUUACUUAUCAAGUUGAGCUCAUACCCUCUUUCUAUUCAGAAACAGCUUCUUGAAAACUAUACCAAAGUAAUGAUCACUCGAGACCCAUUAGAGAGAGUGGUUUCAGCCUACAGAGACAAGUUCAUACGUGAUAAAGGCAUUUACUAUAGCAAAACUAUUGCAAAUGCAAUUAAAAAAGAGCUUAGGAAUAAUUCAAAUACUACAGAAAAUAUUACUUUUGAAGAGUUUGCGCGCUACAUUGUUCUACAUAACCCUCAAUAUACAGAUACUCAUUGGAAGCCAAUGUAUAACCUCUGUGAUCCAUGUCAAAUUCAGUAUGACAUUAUUGGUAAGUUAAAAACCAUAAAACAGGAUGCAGAUUUUAUUUUGAAGGUCAUUGGGGCCCCCAAAAAACUGAGAUACCCCGAAAUAAAAUAUUCUGGGGAUCCCAGGACAAAUGACCAAAUUAGAAGACAAUACCUGGAAACUCUACCGCCUAGCCUAUUUAGGCAGCUUCAGAACUUUUACAGUGUUGACUUCGACAUGUUUGAUUACAAAUAUUACAAGGAAACAAAUGUUAAAUAA